AUGCUUUUGGACGUGCCCAACACCCGGCGCUACUUCAACGAGAACGUGUCGUUCCAUUUUGACCUGGAAGCCGCUUUGUCGCGGCAAUACUUGGUCCCAGCGAAGGCCUUCUGCUUGGCCUUGGCCGAAGCCGGCCUCUUCAGUUGCGCUGAUGCCAAGAGCUUGAAGUGCUACCCCGAGUCCGGAGAUUACUGCCGCAUCAUGAACCAGCACGUGAAGAGGUAUCCCUUCCACGUUCGCCUGGCCGAGCAGAAAGACCUGGAGUCCUUGAUGGCCCUCCAGCGCCGUGCGCGCGUGGGGAGCUUGGAGGCGGCACGUGGCACCGUGGCCGGGCGCUUGGCUCGGGCGCCACUGGGGAACUUCGUGGCGGAAGAUGAGGGGGGAGAACUCUUGGGGGCCAUCUACACCACCCGCCUCCGUGACCAGUCCGCUCCGCUGGUGGCGGAACCUGAGGAGCGGUCGAGCGAGGAGCUGGAAGCCACGCUGCAGAUCAUCGCAUUGCAUGCAGACCCGGAGGCGCCCGGCGUGGGCGCUUUGCUCCGGGACUUCGUCUUACAACUUCUGCGGGCGGAGCGAGGCGCUGGAGCGCAGUGCGUGGGACUGAGCCGCUGCGGUCAGUGGGCUCAGACUUCCAUGAGCAUGGAAGACUACAUCAGGAAGCACCAGAGCGGCGAGCUCUCAGACAAGGUGCUGGCCUUCCACACCACCCGCGGCGCGGCCAUCUGCGGCCUGGUGCCACAUGCGCGGCCGGAGGACGUGGAGAACCAAGGCACCGCCGUUCUCAUCCGCUAUGGGGAAACCUCACACUCGUCGCGUGCGACCCGCAGCUCUCCUCCCUCGGUGGACGACGUGGAGCGGGUCUUAGAGGCCGAAGUCCAGGCGAUGGGCUUGGAGGAUCUGGAGCAUCUGGAUUCCCUGGAAGUCGCCCAACUCUCUGGACGCCUGGAGCGCCGCUGCGGGCUGCGCCUCGACGUCUACGGCUCCGAGCCCUCGCUGCGCGCGUGGGCGGAAGACGCGGUGAGGAACGCCCAGAGCAAAAGCACCUCCGCAGCGCAUGGUGCGGCACGUGCUUUGGGGCUACCAGAGCUGCGAGGCUUGUUGCAAGAGACCCUGGCAGAGGUGGGCGGCACCGCGACGUCCGGCAGCGCCAGCAGCGCGAGGUCUGGCGGCAGCUUGCAGGACCUGGGUCUGGACUCUCUGGACUUGGCGCGCUUGCAGUCCACCAUCCAGAAGCGUUUCGGCAUCGAGCUCGCCUUGGAGGACUUGGCGAUGGGGACGAUGGAAUCCUUGGCAGAGGUGAUCACCAAACGCCGCGAGCCGAGCGACCGCGAUGGGUGUGGAGCUUUCGGCCCGAAAAAGGGUGUGCGGAUCAUCUUCCCCAACAAGCCCGACAUGCUUCGAGCGCGUGAUAUCCACUACAACAAGUGGCGGAAGAUGGACCGUCCGGAGCUCUUGAGGCGUGGCUACUACAACGAGGUGAAUGAGGACGCCUGGCCCGGCCCCUUCGAGGAUGUGUUCAUCUACAUCAUUUGUCAGGAGGCUGCAGAGCUCCCAAAGAUCAGGAACUACAUCGAGAAGGCUGAUGCUGUUGCCACCAGGCAGGGCCGAGUCUUGCGGCACGUGCUCUUCAACCUGAACCUCAACAAGUUGAGGUCUGACAUUGAGUUCCAGCAGCGCUUGCUUCCGUUCCAGCCUGGGCAAGCCACAGCCAGGGUGCAUUAUGACUUCUACACCACCUUCCGCAACGCCUACUUCAUCCGUUUCGGCAAGUACACGCAGACGGUUUUAAGGGAUCCUUUCAAUAUCAACUAUGUGGGUGCCAUGUACCACGCCUACCCGAGCCCCUGGCAGGUCUUUAUGCAGGACCCGGAUGGGAACUACGUGCCCAUCUGGGCCACGGACCUCCGUCCUUCGGUCCAAUGCGUGAAGCGGAAACUACAGAGGGCCAACUCGUUGUGGCGUGACGUGGGUCUGUUGGAGGACGAAGACAAGGACGAUGUCUACACCGUGGAACGCACGUCGGAUCGCGUCGAGGUCGCAGGAACCAUUAACAAGACGGUUCUGCAGUUCAUCAAGGAAGGUGCCGGCGGUGCCCUUUGGUGGGAGGAAGGUUUCGACGAGGAGGUCAGUCGCAAGUGGCGCUUGGCCUAGGCUGGGGCUUGGGGGGUCUGGGUGACCAAGACACGGCAAGGAUAUGUAAGGAUUCCUUCUAGCUUUAGCUCUUGACUGCAGAUCACAUUGAAAGUAUCGUAAGGUGGGUGUGGAAGCCUCAUUCGUAGAUGAUGGUAGACGUAGAGUGACAUUCCUGAGCUUGAGCUUGUUGAUGCCUUUUGGGUCUUGAGGCUUCAUGGCGAUGCAAAAUCAUUGUGGGAACCAAGAAGCUCAACCGAAGAGCGAAGCUGUCCUUCUUAUCUAGCCGCUCUAGCCGGUGACAUGUCGAAACACUCCCAAGCAAUCCCAGUCCCACAGAUAUGGAACAAUACGGAUGUGUGAUUGAAAGAGGGGCUCCCGAGUGGUUGAUGUUCACCUUCUUUUCCUCUGGUCCGCUGCGGACUCACUCCGAGAGCCCACACGUUAGACGAGGGCGGCUAUUCCUGUGGGUGGUUGGGGGCAAGACAUUGAAGAAACACAUGGAUGGAUAGAUUCCUCCAACUUCUAAGGCUUCAACCACCUUGUAUAGAUUCUUAGAUGAUGAUCCUUGGGCCAAGCUCCAUGUCCAAAUUGAUUCGGGCGGCUGGCUAUGAAGAUUCAGGUGCGGCAGAAUCGGACAGUGGAUGAGGUUAAAGUGAAGCCAGAUGACCCUGUUGGCCAGUUCUGCAAAGCUUUGCCGGCGGAGGCAGCCCCCCAAAAAGGCGAAUCCGAGCAAAUCCGAGCUUGAGACGAGCUCAGAGCCCAUGUGAAGUGGCGGCAGACGGAGGAGCUGAGACAGGCCUGAACCGAAGUGAGCUGCAUUUCCUUCACGCAGAAAAAGCGAUCGGAAUGCGACCGGAGCCACCUCCACUGAGGUCGCACUGGCUGUUCAGAGUUGCUGGCUGUUCAGAUACCGAGCACUGUGUGCAAAUCCCCAAGUCUGUCAGAGAAAUUGCUACGAGUGCUUUCGAAGGCUGCAGCUCCUUGAUAAAAUGGUCAAUCCCCAAUUGUGAUUGUGUGACUUCGCACUUUGUGCCUGCCUAGGUUGCAGUUCCUUGGCAGAAUCGACCAUCCCCACCCGGGUGACUGAGAUUGGAAGAUUUGGAAGUGAUGAAGUGACGCCUUCAGAUGCUGUGUAGCUGCACCUCCCCCUCAAAGCAGCUACAGAAGAAGCCUUCAGGACAAUCCCUGACUCUGUG